AUUAUUAUGAAAACAAAUACAAAAGGUGUUUUGUUUACAUACUUAUAACACUUUUUGAAGUUUUUUUUAUUUUAUUUAAUGGCAAAAUAUUUAUUUUAUAUUGGAAAAUAUAACAUUAUGAACAGAAAAAUGGAUGAGAAUCAACAAAAACAUCUUGAUAUGGGUUAUCCCUAUAUAAUUGGCUACAUGAGCGUUGAUGUACAUCGCAAAUAUCAUCAUAAUUUGUCGCAACUGAAGUAUUUAACAUCAAUACCGAAAGGAGCGAUUAGCUACGAUUUAAACCACAACAUCGAAAAUGCUGUUAAGCGUACGACAGACGAAAACGACGAAAAAAUAUCACUUAUGCUGAGAUUUCUCCUAGACCAAAGAUACCGCUUAGAUUUUUUGAAUGAUCCCAUUGACACAACUUUUAUAUCGUAUCGUCGAACUUUGAUUAGUGUUAUGACGGCCGUAUACACCCGCGAACCAAUAAGCGUUGUGGCCAGCUUAUUAAAAAAGGGCAUCUACCUAUGUUCAGUUAAUACUGCUCAAGACUCGCAAAAUCGCAAUCCAACUGCACAUAAUGCCAAGUUUUGUGCUUGGGGCUAUAAGUUUGAGCAAUACAUGCUGUCAGACAUACCCCGUAUACAACCUAACAUAAAGAAACCAGUAGUGGAAAAUGAAGAAUUUUCUAUGUAUUAUAGUUCUCAGUUAGGUAAACACAGGUUAUUCUAUGGCGCUCAAAUUGAUGGAAUGCUGGCCACAAGAACCGCACGAGGACCUCCAAAUACACAUGAUGUAAAUACCAAUUUGGAAUAUUUGAGAAGCAACAAGUUUGUAGAGCUAAAAACGAAUAGGGAAAUACAUAACAAAAGGCAAGAACAGAAUUUCAAAAGAUAUAAAAUGAUCCGUUGUUGGUGUCAAUGUUACCUAGCAGGACUAAAGGGAUUACUUGUUGGGUACAGAAAUGAUGACGGCAUUAUUCAAAGGGUACAAUGGUUUGAUACUGAAGACAUUGUAAAAUACUGUCAAGAUGAAUGGAAUCCACAAGUAGCCAUCGACUACUUAGUAUAUUUUCUCAAUUACGUAGAGAACUGUUUCAAAUGUCUAAAGGAAACCCCUGGUGAUCAUUUUGCGUCUAAAGAACCAAUCACGCUAAAGUUUGAUAUUGAUAGCCAACAAAAAAUUACAGUGACAAAGGAUAUUUACAAUGAACAUAUAAUUUUACCAAAUUGGUAUGUUUUUAGUAUUCAAGCUCACUUAUAAGUAGCCUUAUAGCUGAGCUAAACUAUAAUGUUCGUGCAAUAUUAAAAAUUAUUUUUUUUUAUAUUAAUUUGUAAUUUUUGAACAUAAUAUACUAAUUUUUACUUUCUACGCAUUAUAUCUUUGUUUUACUUUCGGAAUAGUUACCUGUAAUAGGUAACUUCUGUGUUUUAACUACUUUUAACUUAUUUAUACAGCUAUUACUUGAAACAAGGUUUGACUUUUAGUUUUUUUAGAUACUUAUAUCUAAAAAUUUAGAGAUACAUUUACCUAAUUGACAAAAGUGGACCUUUGUAGAGAAAAUAUAAAUAAUUUGUACCCAGGUUCUUUCCGCUCGCAAGCAGGGUAUCUAAUUUAAAUUCAAAUAUAAUUAGUGUAAAUUUCUACUACUACGCACUUCAAAUAAUUCUUUUCAGAAAAGAAACUGAAUAGGUUGGUAAGUUAAUGAUAUCAACUGUACGGUUGGCGCCAGCUGAGCCGGACCGGCCAGUCGCGGGUACAAUUCCCGCACGUAACCGCUCUGUGUGAUCCACAUAUCCUAUUCACAGAACAUAAAUACCCUAAAGAGGGAUCCUAUUACUGUUCCGGGUAUGUUUGAGCUUGACGCUUACUAGACAUUUAAAAAGAAAAAGCAAUAGAUGUUGAAUCGACUAUCCAGUAAUUUAAAUAAUACCUACUUAGUAGUGAUACCAGUGACAAGUAAAGCGCAAUAUUGAUUACCUAGCAUUUUUCUUCUAUCAAGACUUUCUGUCAAUCAAUUUGAUGACCGGUAGCAGUAGGCAUUAUGAAAACAUAAUGUCAAAAUUCAAUACAAAAUUUCCAUUAACAUGUAACUAAUAUAAAAUAGUACCUACCUAGAUAUUUACUUACAAAAAACGUAACAAAAAAUAUGGCUUUGCAUAAUGAUAUAUUAAAAGAAUGGUGAAAAAUGGGACAAAUAGAUGAAUCUAAAACAACUCCAAAAAUGGCCAAAACUCCAUCGGCCGUCAAAAAAAGUUCUUCAACCAAAGCAAAAGGUGGAGCCGGUGCUCCUCCAGAUGCAGGACUUAAACUAGACGUAAAUGACCCUAAAAUACAAGCAGUAUUGGUAGUCGUUCUACUGCUGGUGCUCGGGUCAGUUCUAUGGUAUUGUUGCACUUACGGCUGCCUACGACGUCGACGCAGAAGAAACACGUGUUGCUAAAUUAAAUACUUUCGACGAUACAUAUAUUGCUUAGAAAUAUCGUGUGACGUCAAGAGUUGCUACGUUUUAUAUGAGCGUGUGACAAUCCCGGCAGUGUUACCCGUUCCAUAACGAGCAGCCUGAAAAAAAAGAAUAAUGUACCGUUCCACAAACAUAUUGUGUAACCUGUAAAGCAACCCAACAAAACAGAAUUUUAUAAAACAUUUUAAUUUUUUUACUACAAUAAAUCUUGUAUACCUUCUAUUCAA